AUGGCUACUACAAAUUACUUAUCCACGAUUUGUAUGAUGAUGGUCAUCUUCUUUGCUUCCUAUGUCUCGACAGAUCCUGAUAUGCUUCAAGAUGUCUGUGCUGCAGAUUUUACCAAUGACGACAUAAUAAAACUGAAUGGAUUCCUAUGCAAAAAACAUGCAUCAUCUGAUGAUUUCUUCUUCUCUGGGUUAUCGUAUCCAAGAUCAACCGACAACGCAUUUGGAGCAACUCCGACUCUAAUCACUGUCCUAAACAUCACCGGCCUGAACACCUUGGGGAUGGCGGUAUCACGUAUUGACUUUGCUCCGGGAGGCCUGAAUCCACCACACCUCCACCCACGAGCCAGUGAGAUAUUUUUUGUAUUAGAAGGUGAAUUGGAAGUCGCAUUCAUAACAACAGAAAACAAACUUUACUAUAAGCCAGUUAAGGGUGGUGAACUAUUCGUACUCCCUAAAGGGUUGAUUCAUUUCCAGAUAAACAGAGGGAAUGAAAGUGCUGUAGCCAUAGCUGCCUUCAACAGCCAGUUUCCAGGUAUCCAAAGGGUGCCAAAUGCUUUGUUUGGAUCGUAUCCCGAUGUGCCUAAUGAUGUGUUGGCUAAAACAUUCGGGAUUGGAAUCAAUCAAGUGAAGAAAAUUAAGUCAUGGCUUGAUUCCUAA